AUGCCAGUCAUAUGACAGGGUUGUUCUGCUUGUGCCCCCAGUUGAAGCGCAAUUGUGGUUUGUUGCCUUCCGGGGACGUUCGCCGCAUAUUACUGGCAGAACGUCUUGAACGUUUUUUUGUGGGAACAUUUUAUUUAAUUUGGGUGGAAAUAUCGCUCCCAAAUCCAGAGAAGUGUUUACAGCAGUGAGAAGAUGAGCUCCACGCGAAGGAUCGACGGCGUGGCACCGACGAGACGAGCUCUAGUUCUGGUUGCGUUUUCGCUGUUUGCGACUCGGUAUUUGUGUACUGCCUUCGUACAGAUUGACCCGCUGGUGUACGAUGAGCAGCUGCUGUGGGUGGGGGGCGGGGCGGGGCAGGUGAACACCUACAGGAUCCCCCUGCUCACCUUCACCCCCCGGGGCAGCCUGCUGGCCUUUGCUGAGGCCCGAAAAUACUCUGAUAGGGACAUCGGCGCCAAGUUCAUCGCCAUGCGUCGCUCCACCGACCGAGGCGCUACCUGGUCCCCCUCCUCCUUCAUCGUGGACGACGGGUCCCUGGCGGACGGGCUGAACCUGGGCUCGGUGGUGGUGGACGAGCAGCAGGGCUCGCUGAUCCUGGUCUACUCCGUCUGCUUCCACCGCUACCACUGCAGCCCCUCCAGCACCAUGAUGGUGCUGAGCCAGGACGAUGGCCUCACCUGGAGCCCACCCCGAAACCUCUCCACCCAGCUGGGCGUCAAGAGCUUCGCCCCUGGCCCCGGAUACGGCAUCCAGAAACGCUACCCCCCCAACGUGGGGCGCCUGGUCGUGUGCGGUCACGGGACCCUGGACGGGAAUGGCAUUUUCUGUGUGCUGAGCGACGACCACGGCCUAACCUGGAGGUACGGCGGCAUGCUGAAGAGCAUCCCCUACAACCAGCCCAAACAAGCCCAGGACUUCGACCCCGAUGAGUGCCAGCCAGUGGAGAUGGAGGACGGCAGCAUCGUCGUCAACGCCCGCAACCAGAACAGCUACCACUGCCGCUGCCGCAUGGUGGUGCGGAGCACGGACGGGGGCGAGUCGCUGCCGGUGGAGAACCUGAUCUUCGACACCACGCUGGUGGACCCUGCCGUGGCCGCGGGGGCCCUGCAGAAGGAGGGGGUCAUGUACUUCACCAACCCCGCCAACACGCACAGCAGGGUUAAUCUCACCCUCCGCUGGUCUCUGACCAACGGCUCAUCCUGGGAGAAGGAGGCGGUGCAGUUGUGGGCGGGGCCGAGCUGCUACUCUUCUAUGACAUCACUGGUGGGCGAGGCCAUUGAGGACAGGAAGUACAUCUACGUCAUCUACGAGAAGGGCCACAAGUCCUGCAUCGAGACCGUCUCCUUCGCCAAGAUACACCUGUACGGGGGCAGGUAGAGGGAGGGGUGGAGGGGUCCCUGUGCUAAAGGAUGGAUCAGACGUGCGAUGAGGUGCCCCUGCGCGACACUUUGUGUCUUUAAAAAAACAACAAAAACCCCACAUUUUCCACGCAUUAUUACAAAAACUGUGGCGAUUCAAACAAGCAGCCCGUAAAGAACUGGCAGGAGACAAUCUAGUUUAAGUGACCGAGCGCACCCCUUUACUUGGACCGCGAGCAGUCUGCUCCGAUUGGUGGGUUGAGGUCAUGUGCUCAGUGGCCCUCGCUUUCUGAUUGGGCUGAUCCAUUCCUCUUUCACAGCAGGAUUCCAGCAAACUGAAUGAGACGGAAGCUCUGUGUUUCCUUGUUUUUUUUUUUAACCUGGCACAUAACAAAAUGGGAAAUUAUGUUUUUUUCUUACAUUUUUGAUUUAUGGUGUUUUUUUUCCAGCCACCAGCUUCAGGGAAGUGACUUCGAUGCCAUUUAUAAGACCAUGAAUAAUUUUUUUCACACAUCUUUUUUUCACACCUUUUUCAUAUUUGUCAUAUUCGGUAGUAUUUUUUUUUAACAUAAAAACAGAAACCACUUGUUCUCAAAAAGCCUGGAUCAGAUAAAUAUUUGAGAUCUUUUAACUCUUUAGACAAGUGAUGGAGCUCUAAAAUGCAGUUUUAAAAUAAGCUUGUAUCGUUUUGCCAAUAUUCGGCACAAAACUCUUGAUUUUGCACAGCUGUACGAUUUCGGCAAGGCGACUUGUUUCAAAUUUAGGAAAUUCUCAGGGACCCGCGGGAGGGUUUUACAGAUUUUUACCCACAUCGAUCUAAAGUGUCUGAAAUACAAAUACAUUUUACCCAAGUUUGAUAACAACGGAAGGGAAAAAAAAAAAACAUAUUGUGUGAGCAAGCGGUGAGGAUGACGUUAGUGGUGCUUAUCUGUUUACACAUUUACCUUGUAGGGGGCACUGUUCCACUGUUUGUCUAAGGAAAAAGUUUUAGGCACAUCCAGUAAAAUUCAUUUUGGUCUCGUCACCAGCAUUUUAGUGCAAACGGCAGCUUUCCCAGUUCGAACAUUCUUCUUCUGAAACGUCUGCAAGCCGCCAUGGCGCCCGCUCUUUGGCAAAGCUCUGGCUCGUAGGGCUUGUGUAAGAAUCGUUUUUUCACCCAUCCUCUCUCGUUUGUGCCAUCUAAUGGUCUAUGGUACCAUAGAUCAGGAUCAGGCUACUGGCAGUAAGAUAGGUGAGUUAGUAGGCCUCGUGACCUUCUCUCAGCUGAAGAUUUUGAAUGAUAAAAUUUCAUAAGGACUCCACUAUAAUCCAGUUCCAAAGGCGGAACAGGCGGCUGUGAAUAGAGAGGUCCGAUCUGGCACCACACUGGACAUCCUUUACGUUGGCCCGAUGGGUUUGCUGCCGCCGCCCGGUCAGAUCGUAGGGCGUACGCGUCCAUCGGCUGGAUAUGCGUCGGAUUUAUCUCCUUUGAGAUUCGCUGGCUCACACGCAAUUUGCACCUUUCAGGGAUUUGAUGCCACGGAUUUCACUUUUAUUUUUAAAAAAUAAAAUAAAAAUAAAUAAAAAAUAGCUAACUCAUCAUUGUAGAGUAAAUCAUGACAUCCAAAACGCAAGGAUUAGGUUUUUCAAAAUUCAUGCCAUGUACAGAAUGUUUCCUUUCGUUCUUUACAAAGUAUGCAACUUUGCUCGUAUAUUAUGGGCUGUACCACACGUUUCACUGUAGGGUCUCUGAAACUUAAUACAAAUAUCAAAACAGGCAGUGGAAAUAAGUGAAAUAUUUUCCUCCAUGCAGUAUGCAAGACACUUUAGCAAAUAUGAAGGAUACAUUUCCAUGUAUUUUGGAUUUCAUGUUUUAAGCACACCUUUCCUCCCCGGGAAGUCUUGUGUUGAUUUUUUUUACAUAUGGUGGCAUGUGGGAGAGAGAUACCACUUUUUAGAAUUUUUUUUCAAAAUGCUUAGCAGUUUGAUUCAAUCCACCCUUUCCUGCAUGCAUCAUAAUAGCCAUACAAGUGCAUUUGCAAUAGCCUUGAAAUGUUAAAUGACAGAAGGGUUUUAUGAAGGCAUAAAAUAAUUAUAAUUUUGACGUGCUACCAAACAGAAGUGGUAUCCAGCGUUCAGGGAAAGGUGUCCGCCUCCUCCUCUGUGAGGCAGCGAUACAGACUGUCUCUAAGAAGCAGACCUGAUCUGCUUGCUUCACUCGGGGAUAACCAUGGAGUGAAACGUUUUCACUCGCUGUUCUCGAAUGAAUUUACUAUUUACUAUUUUUUGGUGGUGGACAUUAAAAUCCUUCUUCGUACAUAAAGGGAAAUGUGUGUGUUGUUGCGUGUGUGUCCGUUUGUGUACACGGGUACAUGUGUGCAUAUGCUGUAUGUGUAGUUUCUUUGUGUUACUACUUGGCUAUAUCUUGACGAUUUGCUUUUGUUCCAAAAUUUCUGUCCCCUUUUCAUUCAGUUGUCCUGAAAACUGAAUUUUUGGUAAUUUUCCAGGAGAGUCAGUGUCAAAUAACAAAAUAUGAAAACAAUAUUAACUAACAUGAGUAUCACUGAGACUUCAUAUCAGUGUAAGCUGGCAUAGUCUGUCAUUGAUCUGUUUGUAAUUCACUUGCAUUUGUUGUAUGAACUGAAGAACUCAACUUUGGAUCAUUUGGUAUCUUUCCAAUAUCUGUAAAUUAUGUAAAUAAUAAAUUACCUGUUUUCCUCAGCAAAAAAGGCAA